AUGGGUGACGCCUUUGCACGUGAGGUAAUCAAGCUGGAGGAAGGUGGCCACCCGGGUAGCUUAGUAUCGGGCAGCUUUGUACUUGCCGGCGCAGACAUCACAUGCCUCUUUGUUUUCAUCGGCAGGAAUCGCAUAGAGGAUCAGCUCGACAAAGAUGUCAACCCUUGCGACGACUUCGGUGCUUAUGUGUGUGGACGCUGGAGGCCCCGCGAGGGGUUCCUGCUGUCACGCUCGCAGCUUUCUGAUAUGUUCCUGUCGUGGCUGUACAAACUUCCGGUGACACUGAAGAAAGGUGUUAUUCACUUCCCCGUGGGCAAGAAAGUCACUGCCAUGUUCAACAGCUGCAUACGGCAAACGGGAUCACACGUUCCCAUCAUGAAAGACUUCAUGCACGCACACGGCAUUUUUUGGCCCGAGGAACCAGACAAACCAGUCGUUCCGGCGAAGACCCUCUUCGACCUUUCUUUUAACUGGAACGUGCAUCUCUGGUUCAGCGUGAAAAUUCUUCCCACCAUUCCAAAUAAAACGCCAAGACGUAUCUUCUUUAUGCCGAACGAGCUUAUGCUGCUUUGGAAAGCUACAAUUAAUCAGAUACCGGAGGCGCACUUCCAUAAUGUCUACGAAGGUCUUUACAAGAUAUUUUCCCAGAAGGCGAACGGCACUCCCGAAGUCGAGAAAAUUUCACAGACAUACAAAACGCUUGCAGACGUCUUUGACACCUUGGUACCGUCGUGCCCUUGCAAAGCACGCAUUCCGAAACUGUUCGCCUUGAGAGACAUUGACUCCAUUUCUCCGUUUCCCCUUGGCAAUCACAUGGUGAACAUGCUGAAUGCUGUGAUGGGAAUCGAUCCGCCAGUCACAAUGGAUGACCUAGUUCUUGUGAGCGACCUGUCUCACUUUACAAAUACAUUAAGCCUAAUCAAGAAAGUCGACGACAAGGCUCUGCUGCGCCACCUGUCGUGGCUGUUUGUGCAGGUUUAUGCCCCAGUGACCUAUCCCACGGCCGUUCUGCUCGUCUUCCACGGCAGUGAGCAUCGUGCGAAACAAGAGCGGCCCCGUUUCUGCGCUGGUCAGGUUGAGCCGAGCUACAAGCUCCUUGUCGCCGCUAUGGCCACCGUAGUCCACUUCUCAAAAAACGAGCGGCGGCACAUCGACGAGCACCUGGACGGUAUCGUGCAGGUUGCCGUGGAGAAAACGGGGGGUUCGUGGCUCCCCAACGCGACCAAAGAAGUUGCCGUAGAAAAGCUGAAGAAUGUCCACACCGUCGUGUGGCCUUCCGACAGAUUUCUCACCCCGGAGGCACUCGAGGAAGUGUACGAAAACUUCACUAACCAUGCCCCAUCGUUUACAAAAUUCUGGAUCGAGACGCGUCGCAGCCAACGCCUGCUGUUCAGCUCCGAGGCGGCCGCAGAGGAACUGCUCCUGGGUGACAACACGCAGCUGCCGUACGUGGAUUACGUACACCAACUCAACCGUCUGUCCCUUUCCCUCGGAGCACUGGCACCGCCUCUCUACUAUGCGGAGGGCACCAAGGCCAUGUUGUACGGCGGCGUCUUGUAUCUGUACGCUAGGGCGCUCUUGAGUGCCAUUGACGAUGUGGGAAUUAAGUCAACUCCUCACGAUAGCCUGACGGUCGUGAUAAUCCAUGUGGAGCGUUCCUCGGACUACCGUCAACGCGAGGGAAAGAGAACUGAAGCGGUGUAA